CAAGUAGUCGUGAGCAGGAAGGGUGAAACGAAACCAGAGACCGAGCUAGGGGGCAGGAGCUGGUAUUUAAAAGCACGACGCAGCCGCUCAAUAACGGAACCGCGGUAACGUUCAUUCUCAGGACAGAGCGCGUCUGGAGAAGAAGGGAAUAUAAAUAAGAACUGAAGAGGAAAGGGAGACUCAGUCAAGCAACCUUUGCUGAUUUUAAUUAUUCUAGUGUUUGAAGACAUAUAUACAGUCGCAAUGGAAUAAAAAAAAUGCACUUAUGAAAGACGAAGGCUACACCGAAUUUCACCGCGGUUUCUCAAUUGCCUGAGGAAAUGUACAGAAUAGCCUCCAUCAUUGAAAAUGCGUCACAUGUCAGGAUGAUCUUCGUUGGACAUAGACUGCUGAUUGAAAUUAUGUCAUAUAAAAUGAAGGCAAAUUCCGCGCGCAACUGACGUCUAGGGCGACAUUAUAUCAGAGCAGGUGCAGUGUGUGUCCCUUCGAGAUUUACCGUUACACGCGUGUUCCGAAGAUUUAACUGUGACCGUGGUGUGGGCCUGCCAGGUUGAUCACAGAGAAGAGAAGCGGGAACAUCUUGAUGUCAACCUGAGAAAUAAAACAUACUGGGAAAAUGUCAUCUGCAAUUGAAAGGAAGACGAUGGAGGCUAACGAGGAGCCGGUGGACGAGGUGUUACAGAUGGCCCCGUCCCUCCUGAACUGUGGGGGUUGCCAGCAGAGCAUCGGGGACAGGUUCUUCCUGAAAGCCAUAGAGAAGUACUGGCAUGAGGACUGUCUGAGCUGUGACCUGUGUGGCUGCAGACUGGGAGAGGUGGGACGAAGACUCUACUACAAACUGGGACGUAAGCUCUGUCGCAGAGACUACCUCAGGCUGUUUGGACAGGACGGGCUGUGUGCUAGCUGUGAGAAGAGAAUCAGAGCGUUUGAGAUGACCAUGCGUGUGAGGGACAAGGUCUACCACCUGGAGUGUUUUAAAUGCGCGGCCUGCCAGAAACACUUCUGUGUCGGGGACCGUUACUUGCUCAUCAACUCAGACAUUGUGUGUGAGCAGGACAUCUUUGAGUGGACCAAACUCAACAACAACAUGGUUUAGCAGAUUCAUGAACACUCUAGAACAUUCUACAACACUUUAGAACACCUCAAAAACAAGGUGUAGAACACUCUAGAACAUUCUACAACACUCCAGAGCACCUCAAAAACAUGUUGUAGAAAACUCUAGAACAUUGUAGAACACAAAGAUGAGAUGGUUUUGAUUGUGAUCGUGAUCUCUCCAUUUGGGAUCAACAGCAUGAUAAAAUAUCUCCAGAUGUACAGCAAGAUAAUAGAUCUCAAACUUUCGGACAAAGGUCGCCACAUACAGGCUCUCUUGUACCUCUCAAAUCUGUUAGAUGUUUGAAGAGAGUUGUUUCACCAUUGAUCUGUACUGGAGGCUAAAUGAAGGCUCGAUCCACCAGUGAAUGGAGAACUGGUUCCACCCUUUCAAUGCAAAAAAAAAGGAAAAUGUAAUAAUGCAAUAAUCUAUGUGCUCAUUGCAGAAAUCUCAAUAUUUCUUGUAUCAUACAGUUGUAAUAGAGAUUUGCUCAUUGAUCUAAAUGAUGAGCGAUGUCACUGGAAUUUGUUGUAGUCCAACACUGUUAUUUCACCUCUAGAGAAAUAUGUAUUAUGACAUUUGUUAUGAAUAUAUAUAAAGUGUUAUGUCCAAAAAGGUCUGGUCCAUUCCAAAGUAAUACAUUCGUAAAGUAAAGGUCUGUUUGGGGAGUCCACAUGCGCCCCCUAGUGGCCAAGUUCAAAAUACAAGUUUCCAAUCUUUA